AUGUCAUCUGCGACUCCAGGUGGUGGCAGGCGCAACAGACGAGGACCGCCGAGCGUACCCGCAAACCCUUCGGCUGAGUCGCAAGUACCUGAAGAACAACGCGCCAACAUCCAACUGCCAGAAGAAGUGAGCCUAGCCUCCCAGUGUUGGUAUGACGACAAAUACAACGAUUCCUUUUACGAAGGCUUGCCGCCAAGGGGUGAUGGCCACGUCUUUCGAGUCUGGGCGCUCAACGAAGCGGACGAUUUUGUCACGCUUUCCCUGACAAACAGAGCUCGCGUGCUAUACGAUUCCUCGCACAAACUCAGAGGCAACUGCUUUUAUACGGGAAUCGACAGCUUCAGCGUCGGGCCAGUUUUCAUGCGCGCCAAACCCCACUCAAAGAAGGCUCACAGGCAAGACAUGAGCAACACUUUCCACUCUGGCAACUACAAAAUUGCCGGGGGCACGAAAACGGCAUUUCAAAUCAUCCCACCGAUGAGUCUUCUCCGGUACCAAGCGUUGUCAGAAGUGAAAGCACACUGUGCCGGCAUACAGAGGACCGACACUGGCGAUUAUCAGAAGAUGGGCAAAGGAAGGGCCAAUCAGAUCAACCAAUUCCAUCAAAGGCAACUCGAAGCAUUCCAAGCAGGCCAACCCUGUCCGACUUCAUUCAACGAUGACAGCCUGUUGUUGGACUACGCUUUCAUCGAAGACAUGAAGCCCGAGAGCUGGGCGUAUUUUCGAAUGAUGAUGCCAAAGAUAGGCGGCAAGCAGGUUCCUAAGCAACUGGGCGAAGUUGUCUUUUCGUUUCUCGCACGUUACGGAUACGAUUUCGUCACACUGAACUUGGCCGUGUCAAUGUGCAUCGUUUGGGCGUGCUUAGUUACUGGGCCGGACCACGGAGCAGAAUUGGCAGCAUACCAGGGCUAUGAUCGAAACCGACGACUGUUGAAGAAGGUACCUGUGCCGUCGCUUGCGUCCUUCAUUCUUUAUGCGCCUCACUUCUUCCGUCUUCACGAGUAUUACCGGCUUCCUGCAUAUAUACACAUCUUCAGAUACGUACAUGAAAUGUACAGCCGGGAUAGGAAGCUCACGAAAGACGUUUUCGACAUCGACAAGAAUGACAUCAAUGAAGAGCUGGUGAAGACUUUGGUCUGGGAGAUGGCUCUCCAAGACGAUGACUGGAUCGAGAUCGUUCCGCCUUCGUGGCCCGGCUCCCUACUACCCAUGCCAACCUCUCAUGGGCCUCGAGUCCCCCAAAGCGACGAGACUACUGCGGCCCUUCUACUCGACGACAUCCACACCUUGGGAUUCCCCAACUAUCUCAACGAGUCCUGCCACGGCUUUCCUCCUGGACACGCAGACCACGGGAAACGGUGGAUCUCCCGAGGAAUUCACGUUCAUCAAGACUGGGUACCAGACAGGGUUACUUCCGUCUCUGCAUACAGAAACCUGCACCGGGACAUCUCGCCCGACAUCCCGCCGUCAGGCCUUGUGGUGUACCUUGGGGUAGGGUUCGUUACGCCUUAUCUACCUGAAGCUGCCCUGGACCCAGCUAAAGAUGAUUGGGAACUGGAGCAUCUCUGGACGGCGCCAAAGGCCACCAUCAGACGUCCCUGGAAGGAUUGCGUGAACGUCGAACAUCUGAACAACGAGCUUCUGAAAGCCGCGAAGAAUGAUGCGCAUCCAAAGGAUCAAGUCGAGGAGUCCAACGCCAACCCCGCCGAAGACCGAGAGAAUGGCAGCAAUGCCGUCGAGCAGAGAGAGGAGGAGGGCGGAGGGGCUCAGGUCGCACAACCUGGCGGGCUGGAGCUACAUCAGGGAGAGGGCAACCGAGACCCAGCAGCUGCUCAGAGCGAGAACAACCCAGCCGUCGACCACGCGCGAGAAAUACAUCUUAUCAGAGACAGUGUCGAAGAGCAAGAACUCGGCGAUCUCAACAUCCUUCCAAGGCCGGCGCACCAAGCCGUUGCCGUCGAAGGUGUCAUCAGCGACAAAGACCGACAGAUCCUACGAAGACUGAUCAAAGAGGACUUGGCGGACGACAAAAAUGUACAUCCACUAUCUCGAAUCUUCAGAUACAUCGACGUGGAUAGCGAGAGCCUGUCGAAGAAGAGCGUGAUCGACCACAUCGACAUGGGCCUCAAGCCGCUCAACGAGGAGCUAGAGAAGAUCAACGAGUAUGGCAGAGGGGGAAAGCAAGAGGAGAACGGGUUCGUGGAGCAGGUCCUCAAGCCAUGCUACGAGCUCCUCGGUCUCAAGUGGCCGGGGACGCUGUUCGUCGCCAUCGAUGAGCUCGGCAAGCUCGACGAGUCGCUCGUAUGCGCGAUCAUCAAGCUACGGGCGAUCUACGAAAGUGCGCCACUCAAUCUUGUCCAACUCGGCCACGCUACCGAGAAGCUCCAGUGUUCGAAAGCGUUCCUCUACAUAUGGCGAUUCUGUCUCCUGCAGGACCGACUCAAGGGAAUUGAUUUUGCCUCGCAGGAGCGGGAGAAGUGGUGGACAAAAGUAUUUGGGAAGCCCUACGCAGAUGAAUGA